AGAACACCUCUUAUAAAUUAGGAGCAUACUUAGCUCUUCUUUCCAUGUAAUCGUAGGUUUCAUAGUCUCUUUUUCUCUCUGUCUUGCUCUUCUUGAGGUCUUGCUAUUGCAUACACUCGGUUCUCUAUGGAAUUUAAUCUCUCCCCGGUUCUUGCUUUUCUGGCUCUAGCGGUGGUGGUAAGCCAUGCUGCUUUAUCACCUGAGCAAUAUUGGAACUAUGUGCUGCCAAAUACUCCAAUGCCGAAGGCCGUCAAAGUUUUGCUACAUCCUGACUUCAUGGAGAACAAAGGUACCUCUGUCAAUGUAGGGGGAGGUGGUGUAAACGUCAAUACAGGAAAAGGAAAGCCAGGUGGUGGCACCUCCGUAAAUGUGGGUGGCAAAGGUGGAGGAGUAUCUGUGAACACAGGACACAAGGGAAAGCCGGUAUAUGUUAAAGCCUCACCAUUUAAGUACAUUUAUGCAGCCACCGAGACUCAAGUCCAUGAUGAUCCAAAUGUUGCUCUUUUCUUUCUGGAAAAGGAUAUGCAUCCCAGAGCAACAAUGACCCUGCAUUUCACUGAAAAUACAGAGACGGCAACUUUCUUACCUCGCCAAAUUGCCCAAAAGAUACCAUUUUCAUCUGACAAGUUGCCAGAAAUUUUGAACAAGUUUUCAGUGAAACCUGGAUCAGCGGAAGCUGAGAUAAUGAAGAACACAAUUAAGGAGUGUGAACAGCCCCAAAUUCAAGGAGAGGACAAAUAUUGUGCAACCUCACUAGAGUCAAUGAUUGACUUUAGUACUUCCAAGAUCGGGAAAAAUGCUUACGCAAUCUCUACAGAGGUGCAAAAACAAACCCCCGAACAGAAGUACACAAUAGCAGCUGGAGUGCAGAAGAUGGGAGGUGACAAAUCUGUAGUGUGCCAUAAGCAGAAUUAUGCAUAUGCUGUCUUCUAUUGCCACAAAUCAGAAACAACAAGGGCUUACAUGGUUCAUUUGGAGGGUGCUGACGGGACAAAAGCCAAAGCAGUAGCAAUCUGCCACACAGAUACAUCAGCAUGGAACCCAAAGCAUUUGGCUUUCCAAGUCCUUAAAGUUGAGCCAGGAACCAUUCCUAUCUGCCAUUUCCUUCCUCAGGAUCACAUUGUUUGGAUCCCCAAGUAAAAGCCUGAAGAGUACACUGAGACCCUUUAAUUUCAUCAGUCAACUAAGUAUAGUGUGCAUUAAAACAGCUUAAAGCCAUAUCCAGUUUGUUCUAUAAUAAUAUACCUCAAACCCACGGGUUUAGUUAUCCACAAUCUAUAUGUUCACUUUUGUAAUGAAUGAUGAAUCAUGUACUCAGUAAUAGAUAAAAUGGUGUUACUUUUUGUA